AUGGAGGACGGAGGAACCGGAAACGUAUUAAAAUUAUUAUUUUCCCCUCAAAUCAAUUCCUUGAAAUAUCACGAUGUGGUUCCAUUAACGAGAAUAACAAACGGCGAAAACGCGCCAGAAGGAAAAUUUCCAUUCCUAGCUUCGAUACUUCAAAGGGAAGAGCACGCUUGCGGCGGAUCAAUUUUAAAUCAAUUUUUAAUUCUAACGGCGGCUCAUUGUUGUUAUGAUCUCCAGAACGAGGUGCUUUUCGAGCCGGAGGAUUUAAGAAUUUCGGUGGGGAAUUUAUUUUGGCGAUAUGGAACGAAACGAGACAUUAAAGAAGUAAUUGUCCACGAAAAUUUCACGUUGGGAAAUCUCGGCUUUGACAUUGCGAUUUUGGUCUUGGAGAAACCGAUCGAAUUCACGAAAUAUAUUAAAUCGGUCAAGUUAAAUCCAAAGUUGAUUGGGUCGAAUGAAAAGUUGAGUUGUUUAACUGCAGGAUGGGGGUAUAGGAUGUUGGAUGGUGUUAUGGAUCAAACUACGAAUCAUGGUUUGCAGUUUGUUGAGGUUAAAACGAUCCCAUUGGAUUUAUGUAAAGAUAUGUUGAUCGAUAAAAUCGAUGUUGAGUUGGAAAAGAAAUAUUAUAUUUGUGUUUUUACCGGGGAUGGGAAAGGAACGUGUCAUGCUGAUUCCGGGGGUCCUUUAAUGUAUAAUAACGAACAAAUUGGGAUUUUAUCUUUAGGAAUGGAUUGUAACAACACCCUUCCUGAAUUUUAUACGAGAAUUUCCGAAUAUUACGAUUGGAUCAUGUUUAAUAUUAAAUUAAAAUCAUAA